GGGGAUCCUUAUGCUCUUCCAAACUCAGGGUGUGGUUCAAUCUUCUCGAGGAGUUAUGACAACGAGUUUCCUCUGAACUAGUAGAAUGGAUAUGAAGCAAACCACUUGCGGAUCUUUGCUGCAGCAACUGCAGCAAAUUUGGGAUAAAGUUUGUGAAAAUUACGAAGAGCGGGACAAAAUUCUUCUUCAAUUGGAUCAGGAGUGCUUGGAUGUGUACAAGAGAAAAGUUGACCUGACAUUGAAAUCUAGAGCCCACCUUCUUCAGACACUGGCAGAUGCUAGAGUUGAACUCACCAAUCUAUUAUCAGUUUUUGGAGAAAAGAAUUAUGUCGGAAUUCCUGACAAGACGUCAGGAACGAACAAGGAACAGCUUCAAGGUAUAGCUCCUGCACUGGAUAAACUAUGGAAACAAAAGGAUGGGAAGAUAAAAGAGUAUUCUGAUGUUCAAUCUCAAAUACAGAACAUAUCUGCGGAGAUUGCUGGAACUAGUGUCCAGGUUGCGAAUAUCACAGUUGAUGAGGCCAAUCUAUCCAUGAAAAAAUUAGAUAGAGUUUAAUGCCCAGCUUCAAGAUCUUCAAAAGGAAAAGGUCUUUCUUGGUUUUUUAAAUUGACAGGCUGCACAAGGUUAUUGACUUAUCAGCACAGUUCACGAUCUUUGUGCUGUCCUUGCUCCUGGUGAUUUUUCAGAACUUUGUCGAACAUUAAAGAAGGUAUGCUAUGGUUUCCUUGAACACAAGUCCACAACUUAAUCCAGGUUUUUCUUAAUUU